AUGGACACCAACGGCGUGCUGGAGGCGCUGCCCGCGCUCGCUGCCCGCGGCUUCGAGACGCUCAAAACCAUGCCUCUUGUCACCACCGCCAUAGCUAUGGCCCUCGUCUACGUCCUUCUCCAAGCCCUCGAAGCACGCGUUGACCCACGCGAGCCUCCUCUCGUCAAACCGCGUCUGCCCCUAAUCGGCCACAUCAUCGGCAUGAUGCGCGAGCAAGCCCAAUACCACAUCACCCUGCAGCGGUCAACCGGCAAGCCCAUCGCCACGCUCCCCAUGCUCACGGGCAAGAUGUACGCCGUCUGGGACCCCUACCUAACCGCCGCGGGCCUGCGCAGCAAAUCCCUCUCCACCACUCCCCACGUCCUCGACGCGACCCCCGUCGUCGCCCAAGUCAGCCCCCACACCGCCGACCUGCUCGCCGGGCCCGCCGGCCCCCCUCUCGUCAACCACAUGAUGCAGCAGGCCAUCCCGGCCAGCCUCAAAGGCGCCAACAUGCACCAGCUCAACCAAACGGCCCUGACCUCCCUCGCCGCCCAACUCUCUACUCUCGCCCCCUCCACCACCACACCCACCCCCAUCCCCAACACCUGGCUCUGGCUCCGCCACCUCCUCACCUUCCGCCACCGGGCACCCGCCAUCUACGGCGCCCCCCACAACCCCUUCACCCCCCACCCCCAACCCCCACCAACAACAACAACAACACCCUAG